AUGGCCAAUCCAUUGAAUCUCACUUCCAACACAUUCUUCUUCAUCUUCACAUUAACCAUUCUCUAUGUAGCCUACACCUUCCCAAAACUCCAACCAAACCAAACCAACCUUGUCUUCUACGUCCACGACCACUUCACCGGCGAAGACUCCACCGCAGCCACAGUCGCAGGUAAAACUGGACCAACCUCCAGCAUCCUUCACUUCGGCACAGUUGCAAUCGUUGACGACCCAGUAACAAAUGGACCAACAAUAGAUUCAACACUCAUUGGUAGAGCUCAAGGAGUGUACAUAAAUUCACAGCUUGAUGGAAAAGCAUUAUACAUGGUUUUCUCGGUUAUAUUCACCGCCGGUGAGUACACAGGAAGUACCUUGGAGAUUCAAGGAUCUGAUAUAUUCACAUUAAAGAAACGAGAAUUUGGAAUAGUUUCUGGCACUGGUUAUUUUCGGUUUGUUAAAGGAUAUGGUAUUAUGGAAACAGAGUUUAUGGAUUUAGUUAAUCUUAGAGCAACUCUUAAACUCAAUGUAACAGUGAAACAUUAUUAGAAAUUUCAACCAAUAAUUGUUAUCGAGACUUGUUAAUUAGUUGUGGUUAAAUGGUUCUGAUAUUCAACGUUUAAACAAGAAAUGCUAUUUGUUUUUUAAGUCCCACAUCGGUGAGUGGAAACAAGAGAUUCCAAAGAGUUGAGUAUAAAUAAAGGGCUCGAAUAGUUUACAAUUCAUACCUUUCUCGGCCUUUUGGCUAAGAUCAAGUGUAGUAUCUGUUCUUAUCAGUUUAAUAUCUGAUAUGUGACUCAAUGAGUCACACGAUAUUAAAUUACUUUUUUUAGGGGGAGAAGUCACUACAAUAGCUUGCUAUUGGGUUUCUCAAGUGUCGCCUUUGUCUUGCACUAUUGCAUUGGCUGGCGCACCCCACCAA